UAUACAACAGUCUCUACCACUGGACACAGGAGGGCCAAAAACUGGCUGAGAAAACAAAGGAAGGAGCGCCAAAAAAGAACAGGUGGACAAAGAAACUAAGAGAUAUUUAAAACAGCUGCCGGUCCACAAUGUUUAUCCAGCUGCACACGCCAGUGAUCCUGGGCAUGACCUUCACACUCUGUGCUUGCAUGUUUCCUGGCAAUCAUUGGGGGGACUGGAACGACUCCCAGCUUCUGCCGACCAUUCAAAAACUAAUGAAAGGAUACAACCGCUACCUGAGACCCAAUUUCAAUGAAGGUCCGGUGGAAAUCGGUAUGAGUCUUGACAUCGCAAGCAUCGAUGCCAUCUCUGAAAUCAAUAUGGACUACACUGCAACAAUUUUCCUCCGCCAGCGCUGGCGUGAUUCCAGGCUGGUGUUCCCAGGGAAUGAGAGUGUCAGCGUGGAUGGACGCCUGGUGUCGCUGCUCUGGAUCCCUGACACUUUCAUUCCAGACUCCAAGCGCUCAUUCCUGCAUGACGUGACGGUGGAGAACCGCCUCAUACGCAUCUUCAGUAACGGGACGGUUCUCUAUGCACUCCGCAUCACAGCCACAAUCGCCUGCAACAUGGACCUGACCAAAUACCCCAUGGACAGGCAGGUGUGCACCCUGCAGCUAGAGAGCUGGGGCUACAACCUGCAGGAUGUUGUCUUUUACUGGACCAGGGGGAAUGAUUCAGUUAAGGGUCUGGACACUCUGCGGCUGGCUCAGUACAGUGUGGAGAGCUACUACACGUCUGUGUCAGAAGCUGUUUAUGAGACUGGACAAUACCCCAAGCUGGUGCUGCAUUUUGCACUGCGCAGAAAUGUGUUGUUCUUCAUCUUGGAGACAUAUGUUCCCUCCACUCUGCUGGUGGUGCUUUCUUGGGUCUCAUUCUGGAUCAGCCAGUCUUCUGUACCUGCCAGGACCUGCAUUGGUGUGACGACAGUCCUCACAAUGACCACUCUGAUGAUGGGCGCUCGCACUUCCCUACCCAACGCCAACUGCUUCAUCAAGGCCAUAGACGUCUACCUGGGCAUUUGCUUCACCUUCAUCUUUGGUGCCCUGCUGGAGUACGCCUGUGCACACUUCUACACGAUGCAACACCAGACCAUAGAGGAUCUACACCGGGAACUUGCAAGAGAGUUCAAUGAGUCCAGCGGAAAUGGCUCCAUCCCCAUCGCCCGCUACAGCCAUCCAAAGAAUUGCCUGGAAGCGGGCCCCUCCGCCGAGGAACCUGCACAACAGUCAGCCAACAGCGGCACGAAGACCCCCGGGGAACCCGAGGAGGAGAAGCCAGAUCAAGGCUGCCUGUUAUCAGUGAAGGACGCCUCAAAGAGGGUGGUGUCCAUCUUCAUCGUGGAAAACCCACACAACAUUGAUCGGCAUGCCCGCACCGUUUUCCCCACGGCGUUCCUCUUUGUCAAUAUUCUCUACUGGCUUUAUUAUCUCUUUUUUUGAGACACGCUCACAAGCUGCUGUGCUCAGCAGCUGCUUCACAUCCCUGUUGGCAUCUGAAGCUACCAGACAGGCUUUUUGGUUGACAAGUUAUAAGGAAAACAAAGUUAAACUUUCGACCAAAUUAUGAAUUAAAAACACCCGAUUAUACACAUGUGAAUAUUUAGCAGAUUAAACUGCAUCACACGCUGCUUUUGAUUACUGCCUCCAUUGUUGUUUUGACACAUCAUUUUCUGUAAUUAUCUUCACAGCAUGUAACA